GAGAGAAAAAAACAAGGAAGUGUAGUUAGCAAACAGCAGGCACAGUACGAGCUAACCUGGAUCUGUGGGUUUAUUGGUUGUUUAAUCCUGAGACACUUGUUUGUUCAUCUAACGUCAGAGCAAAAUGCCUGAAAUACAGAUACAAAGGGUUCAAGCCAUUAAUACCAGUGCUAGUGAUGGACUGGAGGGGUUCAAGGCACAUGCUGUGUUCCAGGAAAUCGACAAGAAGCUUCAGGAGGAGGGGGAGCAGUUUGUAAAGAAGAUUGGGGGAGUGUUUGCCUUUAAAGUGAAGGAUGGCCCGAAUGGACAGGAGGCAACUUGGUUUGUGGACGUGAAGAAUGGCAAAGGCUGUGUUCACAAUGACACAGAUAAGAAAGCAGACUGCACCAUUUCCAUGUCGGAUACAGAUUUGUUGGCCUUAAUGACAGGGAAGAUGAACCCACAGACUGCGUUUUUCCAGGGCAAGCUGAAGAUCACAGGAAACAUGGGACUGGCCAUGAAGCUUCAAAACCUGCAGCUGCAACCUGGCAAAGCCAAGCUGUAGAUGAGACAUUGGAGCUAGCUGUAACUACACCUCUGAACACUGAAUAGAAUAAACCACAAAUAAUUUAACAGCAGGUCUGGUUUCAGAUGAAUGUUACAGGGUUAUGAACCUUCUCAUCACUGGACUGAACCACUUUUCCUACUAGUGACCUCACUGACUGAACAGGGGAUUAGUCAGCAGCCCCGCCAAGCUAACUGGAGAAUAAGAUAGAUUGUUUUUUAAUUCUCUAAUCAAGUCCCUGCCUGCAGGCCCUCUCACGAUUAUACUGUCAGUACACUAGGGUAGAGACAGGUGCUCCUACUUUGUGAUACUAAUUCAGUUCAUGUCCACUUUUCAAUAAAUUUCCAAUACCUGUUGCUAAUGAAAUCUUUAAAUGUAUUAUGUCUGGAAAUGUUUUGAGUAGAGCAGAUUGAUGUCAUUUUCCACAAUCAUGGACACAACAGUCUAAGUGCCUCCUUGUCUCAGAUUUUAAGUUUUCAGCCCACAACGCAGAAAAUGUUUUUCACUGUGGCCACCCAACGUUUCAGUGGAGGGGGGUGUCAUUUUCUGCUGCAGUAUCAUUAUUGUAUUAAUCUCCAAAAGAUUUCUACUUAAUAAAUUUGUCUGUGCUGCAAGGUC